AUGAAUCUGGUAGCAGAUCUUCUCUGUAUGUUGGCUUGCCUUACCGUGGUGACUUGUGACCGGGUCUACGUCCACCCUUUCAACUUGUUUUCUUUCAAUGAGAGUGACUGUGACAAGCUGGAAAAAUUGGUCCAGGAGGGAAAGACAAAAACUAUUUUUCCUGCCUCCAUUGAGUCCCAAACCACACCUGCCUACGAAGAUGACAGGGACAAGUCAGAAGACCCGAGCCUGACUGGCUGGGGCAAGGAGGAACCAAGCUACAUGAAGAACUUUGUGUCCAUCCUGGGUGUGCGGUUUUACAGCAUGCUGCAGAAAGUGCAGCAGGGUCAAAAUGUGCUCCUGUCCCCAACCAGUCUUUACAGCUCCUUGGUGUCUUUCUACCUGGGUGCCUCAAACCAGACAGCAGUUGAUUUGCAGGGUUUGUUGGGAUUUGUGCCCCCAUCUGGGAACCCUGACUGCACUUCCAGGGCUGUUGGAAGCCAUUUCCUUUCCAGCCUGAGGACAAUCGAAAGCCUUGUGAAGAGCAGUGACAAGGAGCUGCUCUUUUCCAAGACACUCUGCCUGUUCUCUGCCCCUGGCAUACCUCUAUUUGAUCUGUUCCUGCAGGACUUGCUCCACUCCACUGAUGCCUUCUAUGCCCGAGCUGUUGACUUUACAAAUCCAAGUGAGGCAGUAAAACAAAUUGAUGCCUUUGUGGAGGCCAAAAGCGAGGGCCAAAGCAAGUGCUUACUGACAGACAUCGAUCCAUCCACUGACCUGCUGUUUGCAGUGGACAUCUGCUUGGCAGUGAACGUUAAGCAAGCCUUCCAACUCCAAGAGCCUCAGGAGUUCUGGGUGGAUUCAAACACAAAGGUCUCGGUCCCUAUGUUGUCUGUCACGGGGACAUUUAAGUACAAAACUGAUGCCAGUGGGACCUUCUCUGUGGUGGAAGUCCCCAUCAGCCAGACAGCACUGCUGAUGCUGCUGCAGCCCAUCAAUGGCAGUGACCUGGAGCAUGUGGAAUCCGAGCUGACGUCCUCAGACUGGCUGCAGCGGCUGUCCCCAAGAGAAAUUAAAUUAACGCUGCCAGCAUUAGCAAUAGAAGACAGCUUCGAUCUAAAGGAGCUUCUUACAGAUAUGGAACUGCCUGCACUGCUGGGGAAAGGGGCAGAUUUCAGUAAAAUAAGCAACACCAAUCUAACAGUUGGAAAGGUAAUAAAUAAAGUCUCUUUCAAACUGACCAGUGAUGGAACAGAACAGGCAGAAGACCCUGCAGCACAGAAGGAAGAUGGGGUGUACCUGGAUGUAACGCUGAACAAGCCGUUCCUUUUAGCUGUUCUUGAAAAUAAGUCAAGGGCAAUGAUUUUCCUUGGCAAAGUAACAAAUCCUCUUGCACAGGGUUUAAAUACAAACACAGAGGAUAAGAAAGGAGGGGAAUGAGGCAUAUUUCCUACCACCUUUUUCUUAUUCAUCAGCUAUGUCUAUGAUGGUGUUGAGUGCUCUACUUAGCUUUGAAAAGAAGC